AUGGACGCGCUCCGUGCUGUGCGCGGUGCGGCCGGCCGCGGCGGGCCGGGCAUGCUGAUGCCGGAGAAGUUUCAGAGCGGCCAUAUGCCACGCGGCGCGACGGUGCCGCUGUCACGCUCCUCGCUGCGCAGUGACGACGGCAGCGCCACCUUGGGAUCCGACAUGGACGACGAGUCGUCGGACAACGACGAGAUCGAGGUCUGCAGCGGCAGGGACACCGGUGAGGAGUUAGCCGAAGGCCCGAGAGCCAACAAGGACGAUGAAGCGAAGGCUCCUGAGGCCUUCGCUCAAGAAGCCUCCCCAAGGGGCAAGCCUUCGCCAGGGUCCGAUGACCUCUGGCGUGCCGAUGGUGCAAGGGCGAAGGACAGAACCUUCGGGCCAUGA